GCCAGUAUUUCCUUCGAAAAAGUUACGAUCAAUACAAAAUUUACUGAACCACAAUGCCCCUGUGGUCUAGGCUUUCGAUUACAUUUUCGAAUCCUCUCGAGAACCAAAAUUAUAGUCAAAAUUUGAAGUAUCUGCCACAGGACGAGCAUGCGGAAAAUGUGUUGCCGCUUUACAGCAAACUUUCCUUGGACAACCAAGAUUGGUUUGAUCGGCCAGAAACAAUCGCCUAGGUGCGCAUGUCUUUCCCAGGAGCAUUGCCUUUGGAGUCGGAGAAACCAAGUGGAAAUCAAGCAGUUGGCAAAGCUGGUGGGCUACAACCCCGAGGAAAUCGAUGGCUUUCUUUUUAAUCUUAGCCUACGGAACUAUAAUGAUCUGCUGAAACCCAAGAGUUAUAGAUGGGAUGGCUGCAAUGUGCCCCUAUGUUAUCCUUAUGUCUGUGAUCGGUACAUGGACAUAUUCGAUAAUCGUGGCAACUUACGAAAUCCCAUCCAUACAAGGAGCCUGGAUAGUUUACUUUCUCUACUGCAGGAUUACUUGAAUGGUGAUUCGCCUUAUGGUCGAAAGAACUCGCCUAUUGCGUAUCCUUACGAACAGCAGGGGAAACAUCCUUCAAGUAUCGAAAGUGAGAAAGUUUUAAGUGAAGACAUCGAAUUCAGCGAUUUACAAGGUAAGGGAUCAUCGGAUUGGAUCUAUCAGAUCCUUGGCAGUCCAAAGAAAUCGAAAAGCAAGGAAAAAACGACCUCCCACCGAGAACCGCAACCGGUGGAGAGUCCAGAACUAGGAUUUGAAUUAGAAUCAGAACCUCAAAAGGACAAAAUGUAUAGGAAAAGUAAGGCCUUUGGUCGGCACUCUGUUUUUCUUAAUGAUGAACUAGCCCUAGCUUAUGCCAAGUCUUAUGAUUAUGCGGAAUAUCUAAUGAAAACCAUGGGUCGACAUCGUUUUAGGGACAGCUAUAUAGGUCCUGUGGGAGAUUUAAGAACAGCACGCACUCGAAUUCUUAUAAGAGACUUAAUCGCAAGAAAGGGAAUGAAUAUAAGUGACAAAGAUUUAAGCAAGGCCUUAAAAAAGGUCGAUCUCGAGUGGAAAGGAUCGACACGUGCAGAUAAUAAACGUGAAAUGAAGACCGCACGGGAGAUUUCCAGGCUUUACAAUGCCAUUGUUCAGACGCCGUCAGAUGACUCUAUUAAUUGGGGAAUUAUAGGUAAUGUCAGGGAGAACUACCCAAAGGUUCCAAAAGCCUCGAAAUCUCCCAGAAAAUACUUUACCGGCCCAGACUCAUUGCUUUUCCACGAACCUUUUAAUCAAAAGAAGAACAGGACCGGGCAGCGGCGACAUUCAAGGCAUUCCCGGCUAAGUCCCGAUUACAAACUCUCAAGUGCAAGGAUAAAGCGAUAUAUAAACACAUCCAUCAAGCAACCUAUAGAGCAGGUCGAAGAAACGACUUCAAUUUAUUCGGCAAGGAGUGAUGUGUAAAGCUUGCAGAGACGAGAGUCUUAAGAUCCCUUGUCAGGUUAUUCCAAAUGUAUUUCAAAUCAUAUUAAACUAAAUGGGCAUAAUGUAAAA